AUUGUUAUUCCGCACUCGCCUCCUGAUGUCACACACCCCCUCACAUGACGUCACCGGGACACUGCUCCCCUUUAUGAUGUAGAAGCUCUCAGAUUCUCCUCAGACGUUUACCCAGGAGCUGGGGGAGAGGAACACUGUGCACCCCCUGGUCCCCUGCACUGGUGCUGAGCCCGCCCGUAUCCUUCCGCAGCCCAUUUAUUCCCCGCAGUACCCCCCAUAGCUCCGGAUCUCCUUCCCUGUCAUAUACACCUAUAUCCUAAGGAUUGUCUGUCCGUGCAGCCGCCGCAGGAUCCCCCAGUGUUCUGGUGCUGCCACCAUGUCUGAGAUUCUCCCCUACAGCGAGGAUAAGAUGGGGCACUACGGCUCUGACACCGAGGUGGGGCAAAUCUCCUUCAGCUGCCGUCUCCAGGACACCAGCGCCUUUUAUGGGGGCAACCAGCAGAAGAGACCCCCAAAACUGGGGCAGAUUGGAAGAGCCAAGAGAGCUGACACUGUCCAAGUUGUUAUUGAAGAUGACAGAAUAGACGAGGUGCUGAAGGGGGUGUCGGACAAGUCUCCCUCCGGAGUAUAAGGCGUGGAAGUGGCUGCUCUCCACCCUGAUUUGUAAGCACUUUUGGCUGUGCAUGUUUGUGGACAUGGAGAAGAAGGAAAGGCUUUGAGGCUGCUGGCAAAUCUCCACCCUCCACCUUGAUCCAGACCCUCUGCAGGUCUCCUGAUGGUGCCAUCUGGCUCCUCACUCCACUCAGACCACGCCAAUGACCUCCAAUGUGGAGAUGUUCAUUUUUCAGCACCUUCCUAUACCCCUUGUCACUGUCCCUCACCCUGGGCUCUGGGGCAGUGGUGAGUCUCUCAACCCAUGUUAAAAGCCAACCCCAGAAUGCAGAAUGGGUGUUGUUAUCCUUAGCAUCUGCCUGUGUGCCAAGAAGGUGCUUGUAGACUGGAGCACCAUGGAGUUUGUGCCUAUCGACUCCAAACCUUGCCAGGUGCUGCCUCCUCCUCCUGACUCACAAUGUACAUCCCGGGGGCUGUAGGUUAUUAGAAAUGCACUUUAUUCUGACAACAUGUGUCUCUAGUGAAGUAAUAAUAUUUAGCUGUGUGCGUAUUUGUGGACCCAAAGGGAAUCCAUCUGCGCAGUUGUGUUUUUAUAUAUAUAUAUAUAUAUAUAUAUAUAUAUAUAUAUGUAUAAAUAUAUCUAGUCCUGUGUAUAUAUAUAUAUAUAUAUAUAUAUAUAUAUAUAGGAUGAUUUGUGAUUCUUAGUACCAUGCCUCCUCCAGUUAACCAGUAAACCAGCAUCCGAACAAUGAGAGACUGGACAAGCACCUAACUUCCCUUUCAUCUUGCCCUUCAUGUUCAAGAAACCAGCAGGUCGGAAGCAGAGCAGCUGGAGGGCGCAGAGCAGGCACAGGCCGUCCUUUUGCUGUCCAAACCCAAGCAAGAAUAAGACUUAAUUUGCUCCAUCUCUUGCAUGAGCUUCCAAAUCCAUCCUGGAUCCCACCCCUUCCCAGCACGCUCCUUUUUAACAGGAACCCUUUACAUUUGUAUUUUUAUAAACUACUCUUUGUUAUUAAUAUAAAUUCUAAUACAUGCUGGUGACUGUGCAAUGUCACAUCAGAGAUGCAGCCAACUUCUGGAUGCAGAGUGAUUGGCGGCCAACUGGAUGACAAUUUAGGGCAGUAAUGUGAGGAGGAGGGAGCCUUUACCAUGCAUUUACAGUAUGUACACUGCUGCCACCACCAUGAAUGUGUAAAAACUGAGCCAACCUGCUGAUGGUAUGUUUUGCCAUGGUUUGAUAGAAUUUUUACAUCAAUAUGCUGCUUGCUACUAGGACAUGUUGUUCCACGUCGGAUAUGUGUCCCCUAUACAUGUAUUAUAUAAUAUAUGUUUAAAUAGAUAUACGAUGCUUUAUAUGGCGCUAAACUUGAUAUGUAUUAUAUGUGCCAGCUUUACCUAAGUGCAUAUGUAGAAAUAUGCUGCACAUUUCACGUAUCAAAAAUGUUUACACUGGAUAGUUUUUCUUCUGUACAUAUCUUCUGCAUAUCGCAUAUGUAGCAAGUAUUCAUAUUACAUUCAGUGUCUUUUAGUUUUUAAAGCUAGAGAUUUGAAAUGUUUGCACGUAUUUCUACAUUGCCAUCAUAGAAAAAACUGAUAUAUAUGUAAUAUAUAUAUAUAUAUAUAUAUAUAUAUAUAUAUAUAUAUAUAUAUCGUAGUUAAAUAUAAACUAUAUAUAUAUAUAUACAAAUAUGUUUUAAUGGUUAAUAUCAGAAACAAGACUUCUUAGUUAGGCCACACUACAUCCUGACAGCUUUGGUUUAUAGAAAAGAUUAGCUGAGAAGUAAGUUUUAGUACCAUAAUUUCCACCACGCUGUCGACAGUAUAAAUCUGUUGGCCCUAGUUUUGCCAGGUUGUAAGUAAGGGGCACUUUUGGUUAGGAAUGAUGGAGUCUGUAUUAUAAAACAGUGCAUUACAGUGUCAGUCUUUCCAUCAUAACUCAAGAGGGUAACGUUUCUUAUUGAGGAGUAAGCCAAUAGGAGUCUGGAGACUUAUAGGCCAUUCAUACUCCUCUGGUAAUUGUGGGAAAAAGGAUAUGCAAAGUAGCUGAAUUCCAAAAGAAAUAGAACUUGGCCUCUGGUGCCACUUUGUAUUGGUAUCUCCAAAAGGUGGCACCAAAAUACAAGGGCUUUGCCUUUUGGGAUUCAGCCACUUUGCACCAAUAUACAAGUAAUGGCUCCAUCUUUUUCAAGAUCCCUUUGGAAGAGCUAACACUAAAUCUCUUUGGCCUCUAAUAUUAGUUAUAAAACUAUACAAUAGUUACACAAUUAAACAACAAUUCUGUAUGUAAUCUUAUCAGAUGUAACAGGUCUUUGCAGCAGACCUUAAGUUUCAGAGGCUCCUUAAAAUCCAACCUACCACACUUAAUUUUUGUAAAGUGUGGUAGGCCUUGAAAUUUCCACUACAGUUUUCACUCUUAAGAGCAUUAGUCAUAUCAUAUUUUCUGGUCUGUGUUGAGAGUGGGAACCUGAGACACAUUAGUCCUGUCAGUGUGCAGCACUUGAUGGUAAGGGUAGGCAUAUGUCACAUAUCCUGGUGGUGGCACUACCAUCUCUGUCUACAAUCACUGCUGGUGGUGACCUAUGAAAUUAAGGUUUCUGGCUAGCUGAAAUAAUAUGGAUUGGAAAUUUUAUACUGCUAUUUUCAACCAAGGGAUGGUUUCAGGAAUCCACUUAGUCUCUGAAUGUGAAGAAACAGCUGUUAACCGCCUCUUUUAUGGGACGUAAUAGUUGUGUUUUUAAUUUUCUACUUUUAUUUAUUUUUAUUUAUUGUUUUCUGUUUCUUUCUUUCUUUAUUUUUUAAAAAAGCUUCUAAAUCCUGUGCAUGGACUUAAGAUUCAAUUAUUAUACACCAUUUUCUGAUUCGAAUAAGGCAAUGCUGUGCCAUUCUGAGAAUGACUCAUUGUACAUUAAUACCAUUUUAACUGUAUUUGGUGAAUAAAUAAAUAAACUGAUCACCACUGA